UAUGUGUUAACGUUGUUCCAUAUUACCUCGACCUACACUUGCCAUUCAGACGUUUCGCUUUUUAUAACAAUCAUGGUCUUUGACGUCACAAUGCUGAAUAUCUCGCCUUUCAUUGUCUUUAUAAUCACAUUUGUCUUUGUGUGGAAUUGGUAUCGUCGUCCCCCGCGUUACCCCCCGGGACCUCUGGGUUUUCCUGUAUUGGGGGUUCUCCCCUUUUUAAGCAACCGCCCUGAGAAUAAAUUCCUGGAUUGGAGCAAAAGAUACGGUCCAAUAAUCUCGGUUUCUAUUGGUUGGCAGAAGUGGUUGGUGCUGAACGAAUAUGACGUCACGAUGGAGGCGUUGGUAAGGAACAGACUUGCGUUCCACGGGCGACCCCUUGUUGAGUUCUUCAUACGGACAACAGUUCCGCUAGGUAUCGCCUUCGCCCCGGGCGGGGUUCACUGGAAAACUCUCCGUAAAUUUGGGACGAAUGGAAUUAAAGCGGUUGGGCUGGAAAUUAUGGAAAAGAAGACGAACAUAGAAAUACAAUAUUUCAUCGAAGAAAUUCGGGGACACAAAGGAAAAAGUUUCAAUAUUCAGGAGCCACUCACCCACGCCGUUGCAAAUGUCGUCUCCAGCUUUUGUCUUGGACAAAGAUUCGACCGAAGCAAUGACAGUUUCAACCAACUCAUACGUUCCCUCAUGCACCAAGGUCACGUUGCUGCCAACUGGAGGACGAUGUUGUUAACUUUCCUCCCGUUUCUUUGCGAUGUUUGGCCUUUUACUAAACAUAUGGACGAGUCGAUUACGAACGUACGAACUUUAAACGGAAUAAUCCGCCAUUUUGUGGAAGAACAAUCUGCAUCGUUCGAUGGAGACGAGGUCAGAAACAUGGUUGACGCGUUUCUAAUGCAUUCACGCAACUCUGUGGAUGAAAACGUUAUCACUGAUGACAAAAUCAUUGGAUUUUUCUCCGAUAUGUUCUUGGCUGGAACCGAAACCAUUACGUCACAAUUACGAUGGGGGUUUCUAAUUAUGAUGAAACACCAAGAUUGUCAGAACAAAGUUAGACGAGAGAUUGAUGACGUCAUUGGUCGCCAUGGUACAGUAAAGUUAAAACACCGUUCAAUAAUGCCAUACACUUGCGCUGUGGUUCAUGAACUAUUUCGAUUCAGAACCGUUGUACCUCUUAGUCUACCACGGAUGAAUGUAGCAGAUGUUACGGUUGGAGGUUACAGGAUUCCCAAAGGAACAAAUGUCAUAAUGAAUAUUUGGGCUUUGCAUAAUGACGACUGCCGGUGGAGGGAGCCAGAGCGUUUUAUCCCUGAAAGACAUUUGAACGCGGAUGGAAAAUUUAUGAAACCCAAAAAUGUUUUACCCUUUGGUGUUGGGGCGCGCUCGUGCAUCGCAGAGCAUUUGGCAAGAAAUAAGAUUUUUCUUUUUCUUGUUUCUACUUUAAAGAAUUUCACUCUUUCUGUUCCAAACGGGGACUCGCCCAGUUUGGACGCGGGUUCUAACGGUACAAUAUUUAUACCGAGUGAUUACAACAUAGUAGCGCAGUAUAGGGAUUAAUAGGGAAUUAAUAGAAAAGGGGAAACAAUAAAUACAAAUUGUAUAAAUAUACUUAAAACUAUUUGUAGAUAUAAUAAAUAUUGUUUAUCUGUUUAUAUAGUCUUAUAAAAAGAAAACAAAAUACUCUUUUUGUCGAUACAGCUUUUAGGAAUAAUGGAACAUGAGUUUCUGAAACGUUAAUAAUAUUACUGUUUAUGAUGUCAUACAUGUUUACGUAUUUUCCUAUCAUCUGAUUGGU